UCAUGCUGCUGCCAAGUCCAGAGUCUGUCAUGGGUCCCUGUACGGGCCUCCCAUUGCUGCUGUCUCCAUCGCCACACUCUGCCAUGUGCCACUUUCAGGUCUCCUCACACUGCUGCCCAGGGUUCCAUUUUGUCAUAGGGUGCUGGCAGAUUACAGGCAUCCCAUUGCUGCUGCAGGCCUUAAUCUGCCAUGGGCCCCUGUACCGCCUCCUCAUGCUGCUGCCAGGUCCAGAGUCUCUCAUGGGUCCCUGUACGGCCUCCCAUUGCUGCUGUCUCCAUCGCCACACUCUGCCAUGUGCCACUUUCAGGUCUCCUCACACACUGCUGGUGUGUGUUGAAUUUUUUGAC